AUGACACAACCCGUUUUCAACAAGGAACGACACAUCAAAUACUACCUCCGAUGUCUCAAAACCUUCCUCCCUGCCGCAUACACCUCCGGCGACUCCAACCGCAUGCUCCUUGCCUUCUUCACGAUCUCCGGACUCGACAUUCUAGGCGUGCUAGAGAGUAAAACCACCCCCGAAGACCGAAGAGGGUAUAUUGACUGGAUCUACCACUGCCAGGUCCCGUCGGGGGGGUUCCGCGGUUUCACAGGCACGGACUUUGGAGCUGACAAGCGCACGCCGGGGAACGAGGCGUGGGACCCGGCGAACGUCCCGUCCACUUUCUUUGCGCUGGUGCUGCUGAUUAUCCUCGGCGACGAUCUGUCGCGGGUCAAGCGAAAACAGUGUCUUGAAUGGCUGCCCAGAUUACAACGGGGGGAUGGCAGUUUUGGGGAGGUGCUUGGGCCGGGGGGUAAGGUUGAGGGUAGCCGUGACCUGCGGUUUUGCUGCUGUGCGGCUGGGACGCGAUAUAUUCUACGAGGGAGGAAAGGGGGCGGUCUUGAGGGGGUCGGGGAUAUCGAUGUGGAUAAAUUGGUGGAAUUUAUCAAGGCUUGUCAGACGUACGAUGGAGGCAUGUCGGAAGCGCCGUUCUGCGAGUCGCAUGCCGGUCUGACCUAUUGCGCUGUUGGCGCUCUCACCUUCCUUCGUCGCCUUUCGGAUGAUCCAAAUACAGUUGCACUUCUUUCACCGGGGAGCAAAGAGUUUGAGGGAUUGCUUCGGUGGCUUGUCUCGCGGCAGACAGCCGAAUUGGGUGAUGAGGAGGAAUCGGAUGACGAGGAUGAUGACUCUGCUGUCUCCGACCAGCGUCUGGAAAGGGCUGCGAAGAGUCUGACUCUUGCUGAGAUGAUCGAUCAGCUUCCCGACCUUUCCAUACCGUCGGAAGAGUCUCUGCUAUGGGCGGGUUUCAAUGGGCGAUGCAAUAAGGAUGCCGACACGUGUUAUUCCCUCUGGAAUACGGGAACGCUGGUCAUGAUGGACCGACUCUCUCUAAUCGACGCAGGGCGUAAUCGUCAUUACCUUCUUGACAAGACACAGCACAUUAUCGGCGGCUUCGGAAAAGGUAUCGGGGAGCCUCCAGAUCUUCUACAUUCCUUCGCGGGACUAGCAUCUCUAGCUUUUCAGGGAGAAGAAGGCUUGAGUAGCGUGGAUCCCGCAUUAUGUGCCAGUCAUCGGGCAGUUCAGCAUAUGGAAACCCUUCCCUGGUGGCAGGGAGCCUAG